ACCUACUUAUGCGGCCGACGUGUUUUGGCCUAGCUAGGUGUGUUAAAACUGCAUGAUUAGAUCUAGAUCUUGUAACAGGGUGUUAUUUUCUUUUUAAAGUAUUGUCACCAUACACCUGCAGAGGAAUGGAGACUGACGCCUCAGAGGCCAUCGCAGUGACCAGGUUUCGAGAGUACAUCCGAAUCAACACGUCACACCCUGACCCAGAUUAUGAUGGCGCUCGCAGGUUUUACGAAAAGUAUGCAGCUGAACUUGGCUUGACCUUCACCUCUGUCCAGCUAACGCCCAACAGAACCAUGGAGAUCCUCACUUGGACAGGAAGUGACGUAACACUCCCAUCAGUCAUGCUGUACUGCCACACAGACGUGGUGCCUUCAUUUCCGGAUCAUUGGAAGUAUCCGCCCCUGAGCGCCCACAAGGAUGAGCAGGGUGACAUUUACGGCAGAGGAACACAGGACAUGAAAUGUGUCGGUAUUCAAUAUCUCGAAGCGAUCAGGGAACUCAAACAGCAAGGGACUCAACUCCCUAGAACAUUUCACGUGGUAUUUGGCCCAGAUGAAGAAAUCGGUGGUGUACAUGGAAUGACUACAUUCGUUCGGACAGAAGAGUUUAGAAAACUUAACAUUGGUUUCGCCCUGGACGAAGGUCUGGCCAGCAGCGAGGAACAUUUCCGAGUGUUUUAUGCAGAGAGAAACGUCUGGUGGUUAGAGGUCACAUGUCAUGGGAAUCCAGGUCACGGUUCAGCGUUCCUCGCCAACACUGCAGCGGAGAAGCUGCGGCGUGUUAUCAACAGUUUCCUAGAGCACCGCCAGCAACAGCAACAAAGGUUAGCGUCCGACCCAUCUCUGUCUGCUGGUGACGUCACAUCAAUUAACCUGACCAUUAUGAAGGGCGGUGUACAGUACAAUGUUGUUCCGGAAUCAUUUUCUGCAGGGUUUGAUAUAAGAAUACCUCCGACGGAAAGUUUGGAAGACUUUGACAAAAUGCUGGAAGAAUGGCGGAUCGAAGCAGGAAGUGACGUCACCUACACCUAUCAUCAUAAAACGAACAGCACCAGUGAACACAUUACACCUACAGAUGACAGCAACCCCUGGUGGAUCAAGUUCAGUCGAGCGUGUCAGUCGACUGGUAUAACUAUUAGAAAAGAAAUAUUUCCAGCUGGAACUGAUGGGAGACAACUGCGCUUGCUCGGUCUGCCAGUGCUGGGCUUCUCCCCCAUCAACAACACGCCUAUUCUCCUCCACGAUCACAACGAGUACCUGAAUGAAGCUGUAUUUCUCAGGGGCGUGUCUAUCUACAAACAGAUCCUGAGGGAGUUGGGGAGUCCCUAAGUACAGGCAGUGUAACGCUCCUGGGGUGAUGCAAUUAAACCAUAUUUCAAUUAAACAGAUUCGAUCCUUCCCUUUGAUGACAUAACCGACGCAGUACCGCCGAUAUCAUGAAAUGCUCUUUGAAGGAACAAUUACACAUUAGGCAAGCAAGAUGGUUCCGCGAACAAAAGAUAGUUCUAGCAAUUUGUGCUGACGAAUUGUUUUAGGGUUAUUUUUUUAACCACUGUUUUCUUUAUUUCGUAUUUGUUUUAUUCGAUAUUAAAAAUAAAUGAGCCA